AUGGCCGACCAGCGUAAAGAGCUGCUACCUGCAGAGAGCGGUACUUCCGCAGUCCUUGCCAUACCAGCCCAAGAACUCGCCGCGGACAUCGUGUACGGUAAAGCAGACUGGCCAAGCAUGUCCCAGCUCCGUGACAUGCACGUCACGGAGGUCGACUUGGAGCAGGCCAUCUUCGGAGGAUCAAUUUGCAUUGUCGGUGUCUGUGAUGACAUCCUUCGCAAGGAAUCGGCCAGUGUGCAUGCGAAAGCAGUCCGGACAAGGUGGCAACUCAUCAAGGAAGAGAUCGAGAACGGUAUUGUCCGCAGCGGGUCUACUAUUCAUACAUUCUUCGAAUGCAUGCAGACUGUGUCGAAGGUCCGUAUGUGGGCUCAUGGAGCGGCAGUGGAAGCCAUUGUGAUUGAGAGGGCGUGA